UCCCUGCGGCGGUGGCCCCGGGGCCAUGGGCGCCGUCUGGUCCGCCCUGCUGGUCGGAGGGGGUCUGGCCGGGGCGCUGGUCGUCUGGCUGCUACGGGGCGGGGACGACGCGGGGCGCGCGGAGAUGGAGCAGGACGCGCCCCCCGGGAAGGCUGCGGCGCCGGGAGGUGGCGACCCCCGGAGCCCGGGACCUUGCAAGGGGCAGCUGGACAGCAAGCCAGACCAUCUCCAAGGAGGCAGUGAGCGUUUGGACUCAGAGCCCCGAGGACCUAGCAAGGGAGGAGCAAGCCAACUGCAGAAUCCUUCUGGAAAGGACUGUGAGGGUUCGAGAGAGCGUGUUCCCUCGGGCUGGGUUCCAGACCCUGACUCACUGGCUCAUGAGGUGGGGAACGCUAGGAGUUCCCUGGACUCUUCACUAGGGGAACGGGGCUUCCACAAAGGACAAGACACAGUGAUGAAAGCAAGUCCUUGUUUCGUAGAGAAGUUGCCUGGUGUGGACAGAGCAAAUGCAGCCGGCCUGGCACGGCUGGACAGUCAGGACUCAGCCGACGCUGAGGACUGGGAAGUGGUGUCUCGGCACUCGUCCUGGGGAGAGAUUGGUCUGGGUGGCAGUCUUGAGGCUUUUGUGGUAACCCCGAACGAGGGAAUGGACUAUGGCAGCGACGUCCUCGUGGAAGCCAAGGAUCAGGCAGAGGUGGUGAAAACAGAAAGGGUAGUUGCUGUGUCCCCAGGGCCUGAGCGGGUUAGUGUCCGCUUCCAGACCCAUUAUAUCCCCAGCACUGACACGCAAGCCCUCGCAGUAACUGGAGACCACGAGAGUCUCGGGAAGUGGAACACGUAUGUCCCACUCCAGGCUAGCCAGGACGGCCUCUGGUCUCGAUCCGUGUCACUGCCCGCAGACACGGGGGUGGAGUGGAAGUUUGUGGUGGUGGAGAACGGGCGCGUUACCCGCUGGGAAGAAUGCAGCAACCGAUUCUUAGAGAGUGGCUUUGAGGAUAAAGUGGUUCACAAGUGGUGGGGGAUCCACUGAUUGGGGGGGUCUGCCAGGUAAGACGGGAGUGGGCUGGAGGGGCUGAGGCUGCCACUACAACUUGCCACUUCCGUUCCACUGUAUGGCGCUGAUGGAAAAUACAGGAAAUGUAACUGCAUGUGGAGGGAACAAGUGACUUCUGAUGUGUCCUGUGAGCGUGGGCUUCUCCCCUGCAGCACUGACGAUAGGUUAAUGAUGAUCCAUACUUUAGGGCUAGGUCCUUUUGGGGAGCAACCUAGCCAAGCUCCGGUGUGAACUGGUCGGGGAGCAUGGAAAGGAAACCCGCCAGCAGGACUGGCUUCAAGCUGGAGCUUCUGGGUGACCCUUACACCAGGCUUCAAACAAGCCUAUAUGAGAAAGGGCCGGUUUCCAAUGGGGGGCAGUGCGGAAGUGUCCUUUCCUUACUGCAUGCGCACUUAUGUGUAGGGAUAUUUCACACCAGUCGGAACUAGAAGGUCAUUAGAUAUGAUCAAGAAGUUGAGGUAGUGGGGCUGGAGUGAUAGCACAGCGGGUAGGGCAUUUGCCUUGCACGCGGGUGACCCGGGUUCAAUUCCUAGCAUCCCAUACGGACCCCCGAUCUCUGCCAGGAGUAAUCCUGAGUGCAGAGCCAGGAGUAACCCCUGUGCAUUGCCGAGUGUGACCAAAAAAAAGUUAAAAAAAAAUAAUUUGAGGUAGUAGCUUAAGGCCUCCUAAAGCUUCUUUCUUGCUUGAUUUUACCUGUCAAGUGUGGCUUAAAGGGAGCAAGGAUGUCAAGUGUGGCUUGAAAGUAGUAAGCGUGUCUUUGUUUUAAUGACUGGAGGCUGGUGAAGAAACAAGGAAUCAGAUCAAAAUCUGCCAUUGGGGCUGGAGCGAUAGCACAGCGGGUAGGGUGUUUGCCUUGCACGCGGCCAACCCAGGUUCGAUUCCCAGCAUCCCAUAUGGUCCCCUGAGCACUGCCAGGAGUAAUCCCUGUGCAUCUCCGGGUGUGACUCAAAAAGCAAAAAAAAAAAAAAAAAAAAGAAAAAAAAAAGAAAGAAAGAAAGAAAGAAAGAAAGAAAGAAAGAAAUCUGCCAUUGGGGCCAUUCCACGAGGACAGGGAGCAGGAAUGAAGGGAAGGUGUGAGCUGAGCAAGGGGGCUGGAGUGACCUUGAAGGGGGCUCGGAGGUGAAGCUAAAGCCUGGUCAUGGGGGGGUGGGGGCGACCUGUCAUUUACUCACUGGGCCUCUGUCCAGCUGGCUCUGCUCUCAUGCGCCCGUGCUGGGUGGACCGAAGACUAUCUCAGGGCUGUUAGCUGAGAGUCUCUCUCUUCUUUCCCACCACCUCCUUUUCUGGGAUAACAAAAUUAUGCUAACACAGUGAUAUCAGAAUAUAUCUUUGUAUGAAGAAGAAAAACACUGAAUAAUUGUUAUAUCUGAAAACCUAGUAAAUCCUGAAUUUUAACAUACUGACUGGAUGUCUGAAUUAUUUGUCUGCAUCAUGGGGCUGUAAUUGCUUAUAUGCAAAAUACGGAUUAUUUCUUCCAUUAAUAGCAGAGCCAGGAAACAGACACUGAGAGAGAGAAGUCUGUUUUUCCCCUUCAGAGCACAGCAGAGUAUGCCAACAUCUUCUUGGUCUUUGUUGCCUCUGUGGCGUUAUGCGUGCCUUUCUGGAAUUUUGUUUGUUUGUUUUUGUGCCAUAUUCAGCGAUGCUC